GUUGGGGAGCAGCAUGGAGACCUGGGCUGACUGGCUGGCCACCGCCGCCGCCCGGGGCCGGGCUGACGAGGUGCGGGCGCUGCUCGAGGCGGGGGCGCCGGCCCACGCGCCGAACCGUUACGGUCGGAGCCCGAUUCAGGUCAUGAUGAUGGGCAGCGCCCGCGUGGCCGAGCUGCUGCUGCUCCACGGUGCGGACCCCAACUGCGCGGACCCCGCCACCCUCACCCGACCCGUGCACGACGCGGCCCGGGAGGGCUUCCUGGACACGCUGGUGGCGCUGCACCGAGCCGGGGCGCGGCUGGACGUGCGCGACGCCUGGGGCCGCCUGCCCGUGGACCUGGCUGAGGAGCGGGGCCACCGCGACGUCGCCCGCUACCUGCGCGCGGCUGCAGGGGGCACCGAAGGCGGGAGCCACGCCCGCGCAGACUCCGCGGAAGGUCCCGCAGACAGUCCCGCCCUAAAGAAUCAUUGAAAUUUAGAGACACUUCGACUACGUAUUUUGAUCUUCAGUCGUCGAAGUUUGAAUACAAGAACUACCCCCACCAUAUCUAAGUCUUCCCUGCUUAGUUCCAAUUCAUCAAAUAACGCUUUUUAAAAAUUGGAACUGCCUCCCCCUUCCU